AUGCCCAUGGGAGACACUCCGUCGUCGUCGUCACAUAGUCCUACGUACCAUUUGAGUCUAUAUGUCUAUUGUGUGGGGGUAAAACAAUUAGUUGGAACUUUAUCUCUCUGUGUACAGAAUAUUGACGUUCGUUGCGAAACUAAAACUAAGAAUAAUGUUUUUGUUACGGUUGUUGCAUCUAUUCAGUUUCGUACUUUGACAAACCAAGCUAUGACUUUCUACACAGCACAAAUUCAGGCCUAUAUUUUUAUUGUAAGGCUGAAAGAGGCUAGUGAGGUGAAAUUGGGUUCUGAAUUUAAACAAAAGAAUGAGAUAAUUGAAUCUGUUGAAAGAGAACUUGCCAAGGUAAUAACAUUAUACGGGUAUGAAAUUGUUCAAACUUUAAUUGUCGAUAUUGAGUCGGAUGCACAGGUGAAGAGGGCAACGAACGAGAUAAAUGUAGGUGAAUAUUCACGACUUAGGGUAGCUGCGACUGAAAAGGCGGAAGCGGAGAAAAUACUGCAAAUAAAACGAGCUGAAGGAGAAAAAAAAUCGAAGUAA